CUUUUUAAUGCAUUUAGCCAAAUGCUUUACGGAUGUCGAUCAACAAAUAUAAACUUCUUAAUCAGAUGCCGGCAAAACAAGGUCGGGUGCUAGUAGUGGAGUUAGUCUGUUUUUUACAGUGAUUGUGAUGACGAUGGACGAAGGCAGGGAAUCUGGUUUUAUCAACAGUCAACCGAGUAUCGCAGAAUUUAUGACUUGUGUUGGGAGUAUCAAUGAAAGUGUCGUGCCUCCCUCAUCCAUCACUGUCCAGGAGCUAGGGUUACGGGGGGCUUACUGCCAGCCUUUCGCUGCCAACACUCACCCACAGGCCGGCCUCACCCCACAGGAUGACCCUCGGGCUAUGGGGACCGACCCCACGGGACGGGAUCCGUCCGGAGUAGGACUCGGAGAUGGAUCCGGACUAAAAUUUCAGGAGUACGCAUGGAUGAAGGAGAAGAAACCUAUCCGGAAACAGUCGCCUGGAGACCCGAGCCCCGGAGGGCAAUCUGAUAUAGGUUCCGAGUUUGUCGCGAUCCAUCCACAAAAUGCAUCAACACCAACUAGCAAUGGCAAUAAUGGUGGAAGCGGAAGUGGUGGAAAUAGUAACGGAAGUGGUGGCAGUGGGGGUACACGGAGAUUGCGGACGGCUUAUACAAAUACUCAGCUGCUGGAACUGGAAAAGGAGUUUCAUUUCAACAAGUAUCUGUGUAGGCCUAGGAGAAUUGAGAUAGCAGCUUCGCUGGAUCUCACAGAAAGACAGGUCAAAGUUUGGUUUCAAAACAGACGAAUGAAAUACAAACGACAAACACAGUCACAGCGACAGAAAAUGGAAAACGGUGGUAAAUCGUUUCCGUUGGAUUGUGGUAUGGAUAGUCCAACAUCAUCUGAAGGAAGUUGUGAGAGACUGGAGAAUGCUGAAAGUAAACACGAAAACAUGGAAAACAACGGGCAGUAUUCUUCUGAUGGAACCGAAACAAAAACAUUAGAACAUAUUUUAAAGGCUGGCUCCCCGGGAAGUAGUGAAGAGGGGAACAGUGAGCCAUCGGGUAAUGACAACAACAGGGACGGCACCAUAACAAAUGGUUUAGACCUCGCUGAUGAUCGAAAUGUGAAUGAGACAGAAGAAGUCAUUGAUUUAGAGAAAAAUCAUACAUCAAAGCAAAGCAUUGACCCGAACGGAAACCAACACUCGACUCCAUCGUUUGACUUCCAAACACUCAACAGUCCUGAUUCAGCAUGUGCGUGCAAUAUCGCGAAUAGUAAAGAUAACAUGGACGAUUCUAAGAUGCAUGUACUUGAUGACGUCACGGAGGUUUCAAGUGAGAUUUUGACAGGUAGGACGGGAUUAGAGUAUUCGCCUGUGUUAUUACCUUGCAGCACGCCUCCUAGUACUGUUAAGUCAAUGGUCUCUAAUUGUGUUGAUUUUAACCGAACUAAUUCAAAUCCUGAAAUGGGUCAUGGAACUCCCCAAUACUCCUCGUCGCCUCUCAAGUCUAGCCCGGUUCAACACGAUGUUAGUGUUAAUAGAAAUAGGCAUGAGAAUGGCUUUAUAAACAACAAGGGUCGCUCGGACGCUUGCCCAGGACCGUUGAGUGCCACGGAAAAUAUGUCUACGAUGUCUCAACACUUCGGAUCUUAUGGAAAUACAUACAUGAAUCAAAGUCGAUAUAGUACGGCGCCAUUACAGUACAGCUCAGGGUUCCCUCCAACAAAACCCCAAAAUAUGGCUAACAUAUCUCAGUAUUCGUAUCAAAAUACCAGGAUGGGACACACUGAUAUUAAACAGACCGAAUCUGGUCGUUCAUCUCUACAGCAACAACCGCAUAUGGGUAACUACAAUUCCGGACAGUACGAUUCGCUAAACAAUAAUAACUAUGGUAACAAUAUGAAACGGAGCAUGCGUGGAUCGUCAUCGGUGUAUUCAAUUCCCAGCAUUCAAUUUCGUGCCAGUGGUUUAGCUGGAGCAGAUUCAUGGAGUAAUGAGACAGCACAUUCUCCGGUCGCCAGUGACGGUUUCGGUAACAACGAACACGGUGCUGCUAUUAGUCCAUUAUACCAAUAUAGAGUUAACACCGGGAUACACUGUCAGACUUCUUACACACAGCCGCCAUCCCGAUAUAACCAUGCAGCACCAUCUGACAACAAUAGCUUAGCAACCCGACAUGGUAGUCAUAAUGGCGGUUAUAUGGCCAAGCAACCGACAUAUCCCCAGCUGCCACAUCGUAUGGAACAAAAUUCAUCAAAUUCACUUUAUGGUAUCAAUUAUGUUGAAGGUUACUCGCAGGACGUUAAUCACGUAAUGAACUCUCGCCAGCUCUCGACCGAAACGUCAAUACGAACGUUAGCCGGCCAUCACAGUUCUGAGUCUGAUUACCCUUCGGAACAAUAUUCUGCUAAUAUGGCGUGUAAUGAUCCGGGAUCCUCGGACCUUAGUGGUAUAUUUAACGAGUAUUUUAAUAGCCAACAAACAGAAUAUCAGACCAUAUAAAAUGGCCGUGUAGUGGUCAUGAAAUUUGAUCUUGAGUUCACGUUCUUGACGCUCAAUAAUCUUUGACAAAUUUUAUGUUUUUCUGUCGUAAAACAGCACACUUAGUCGCCUUUCCCACUCAGGUUUAUGAGAAAUUGGACAAAAACGGGUGGCUAUAAAAAUUUGUCAGUGAUAAUUUAGAUGACCUGAGAAGUGGUUUGCUGUCGAAAAAGGCAAUAAAGCAACGUCUAUGGCCAAUUAGAGAUCUCGUAUUGACGCUCAAGUAGUAUAAUGUGGUUUUGUGUUGUGCUUCAUCAAUGUACCACUUCAUCCUGAACUAUAUAGGUGUUUAUUGUAUACCUACCCCAUAGUGGACGGUGAUAUUGAUUAUCAUUCAGUUGCAUUUCUUAUGCUUAUCGUUAAGAUAUUAUCUCUGAUAGGUAUAUAAUAGGAACGUUUAAGGUACUCGUUAAUGUAUGUUUAACAAUAUCGUAAAUCAUUUUAAUUUCUCGAAAAUUCUAGGAGUUACAUACCAUUUAUGUCUGUAAAUAAAUCUUCGAAGAUGUUAUUUGUCAUUUUCUAAAAAUCGUGAAUUUUGCAAGAAAUCCAAGAAUCAAGAAAUCUGACUAAUUCAAAUAACUUUCGGUGAUAAUUGAAAAAUGUUGCGAUAAAUUAUUUUGUAAUGGAAAUAUGGAAGUCAAAGAUCAGACAGUGUUAAUAUCAUUUUAUUGAUUCAGAUAUAAAGUUAAAAGUCAAAAUGUCAUCUAAAACUAAAAUAAAACGAUAUGUUGUUGUUUUAAAAUGUCAUCUGAAAAUAAAAAAUAAAAAUGAUAUGCUGUUGUAUAGCAAUAACUGACCUAUAAUUACCAAGCCUUACAAUCUGUUCUCUCUCUCUAAAACUGAUAAAAUAAUUUAUGCAUAAUUAAUGUCAUAUGGUGUUUGUAUGGAAAGUGAAAAAAAUGAGAAAUUAUUUGUCCUUCCAAUUUAAGGUACAGAGAAAAAGCGUGUUUUAAAUAUUGUUUGAUGUGUUCAAUUUUUAUUUAUUGUAUUUAUUGUUUCAGGAAAUAAAAGUGUAAAUAAUUAUUCAAAAAUUUAUUUUUACUAAAACAUGCGUCUCCUUCUUAGAUGUACUAAUUGCUAAAAUCGUACAUCCGCUCACUUCAAAGAAAACCAAACAUCAUUCAAAUACUAAGUAUACAUGAAUUACAUAAUAUAGAAUACAACAAUGUUCAGCAUAGCGUUAACUGCUAGUAACAGCUGACUGAAUCAUGCUACAAAAGAAUAAAUGUUCCAUACAUUAAUGUAUUAUAUAUCGAAUUAGUAAGGGUGCAUCUGACCCAACAACACAACAACUUUCUACUUGAUCUUCUUAAACUAACCCUUGUCACGUGACUACAGGGUAUAUUUACUCCCAUAUUAGGUAACGAGUUUUUACUUAAUUAUAGCAGUACAAUCAGUACUUACUUAUGAUGUUUUCUGAAUUUAAUGUAAAACCGCAAAAGUACCUUGUGUAUUUAAAAAAACGCAAAAUGGUGUCGGUAGAUUUAGAAUAAAAAAAAAUAUUUUAAUAAGUAAUGCGUUGAAUUGCAAAUUUCUGAGUAAGAUAAUUGUAUCAAUUGAUGUUUUUUUUUUUUUUUUUUUUAAAGCCAUUAAAAGGGGUACCUAUAUUAGGUUUAUGUAACAGCUUUUAAAAUACUUAUACAGGAACAAUAACAAUAAUGUUAAUGUAAUAUUUUAAAAUUACUACAUGUAUAUCUUUAAAAAAAAAUAACAAUUUUGACACAGAGCCAUAUUUACAUUCUUCAUGAAAUUUUGAUGUUUGAAACAAAAGACGGCUAAAUUAAUACAAAAACAUACAUCAACAUAGGAGAUAUAAUAACGGAACAACCGCUGAUAUUUGUAUAUUCAGUAUAUUUAGGAACCAGUUUUUCAGUCAGUUUACAGUAUACGCAUUUUCUACAAGAUGAUGUAUCAUGGAUAUUUAGAAUGUAAAUAUGUUUAACUGUCGGAGUCAGCUUUCAUGCAAUUCUUGCCGUAAAUUAAAAUGUCGUAUUCCAUUUUAGAUUGUAUCAGUAUCUGUGAUUUUAGCACUAAUAUGUGAGGUGUAGACGUCAUAUCUUUUAUGCGAAUUCGGAUAUCGAUAGACAUACACAUACCUUGUAAUGCAUAACUUUUCAAGCAUAUUAGAAUUUGAAAUUUUUGGCGAAGCACUUUUACAAAAAAGGAAUGCGUUUUUAUUUUGUUACUUCCAGUUAAGUUAUAUAUAAACAUCAUCAUUGAUUAGCAUAACUCUAUAAAAUAAAUUAGCAAUAAAAUGACAGUAAUAUAUAUAUAAACUCCUUUAAGAUAAUUUCAUAAUUCCUAACAGUUAAAUACAUUAAAACUAUCUCAAAUGAAAUUUAUGAAAUUUCUUAAACAUUAAAUCAUAAAUAAAUUUCUGAAAUCAUAUGUUUAUUACGUUAUUUUCAAUUGAUAAUUUAUCAUAUAAAGUUAGUUUUUAAUUUUUACAAAUGUAAUAGUAUUUGUAAACAGUUUUAUUAUUGUUAUUAUUGUAAAUAAAUAACGCCUUAAGUAUUAUAAAACUCCAUCAUGCGGGUAGGACUCUUCAGUGAUGUAAACGGUAUACACUUUUCGUGAUAAAUUAUUGAUAUUUGAUAACUUACAAAAAACAAAAUAAAACGGUUCAUAUGUUUGUUGUGUAUUCUGAACAAUAUUUUCAUGUAUAAACUUUUAAUCUCGACAGACAGUGUUACGGUACAUAUCAUAUGUAAAGCUAAUAUCCCGUUAUGAUUAAACAAAACACCUCAACAAUAUCAACCCAGAAUUAUAAGUAUAAUAAUGACAAAGACGUGUACAUGGGUAGAUUAUAUCUAGCUCCUUUAUUUCCUUUUUCACUGAUCAUCAAUCAUUUCUAUAACUGGGUCCAGCAUUAAUCUAAUUUUCUGUUAAAGUGUGGUUACGAUUUAAGGUGAAUUUAUAAUAUAAAUUAUGUCUAUAAUUGUGACCACAAAUGUCCCUUGUGGUUUAUCAGAAUAUAUGUUAAUCUCAACUAUAUCAAUAUGUAAGAAGACGGAAAGUAAACUAUAUACAAUCGUUUAUUAAAAUGUAUACAUGUAUGAUAAUUCAUGAUAUUACCUUCAUAAGUUUUAAUGUAUUGCCGGUGAGGACCAUUUUAAUCUUCUUAAGAUUUCGUUUACCUAGUGGUAAUGUUUUGUUGCUUUUUCCUUCGAGCAAGCCUCAUUCCUCCAGAUUCCAUUCGAUCACAAUUAAAACACUUUUGCACAAAAGGAGCUCGAUUGCAAAUAUUAGUUUGCGAGAUCGUAGACUUAGUGUAGGAAGUUUGUUUUUUCAUUUUUUUUCUUCUCCUUUUUAUGGAAAACUGGUCUAAUUGGAAUUAGAAUUCAACUCUACAAUAUGCGCUUUUAAUCAAGGAUAGAUUAAAUCUAUAUAUUUCAUGAAAAUAGCAAUGUACUCGGUCGCUGCCAAGUUAACUACACAAAUGCACCGAUUUACUGAAAACACCAAGUAGAUUGAAGAACUUUAAUAACUUCGCAAUAUACGAUACCUUUCAAUAUAGAACAAAACAUGACAACAUAUUCAUAUCACAAUUUGACGUUAAAUGUUGUUUGCAUGAAUUAGACAUGUCAUGAAAGUGACUUCAGACCAAACACGUGUCGUUCCAAUGCUUACUUAUUAUGAUCUUGUAAUUACAUGUAAUUGGCGGAAUGCGGGUAGGUAUUUCAAACGUACCGAGUACGAAAACCCCCGGCAUGUAAUAUUAAAGUGAAAUAUCGGCCACACAACUACGACACGUAAGCCAUUCGGUACUGGUCACACAGGUAAUGUCUCGGCUGGAGCGUGUGACGGGUACCAUGAUACCAACAUUGUUAUACAAUAGGAAAAUUACUCUUCGUUCAUAAAUCACGCACUCUGAACUCCCUCCAGGACUCAACUAUUCACAAAUAUCACAUUUCUUAUUGUAAUAUGAGAAAUGUUUGUUGCCAUUUCAUAGGCCCUGUAGUUUACUGGACCUCAACCUUUGACCUUUCAACUGUUUUCGUCUUUUUGAUAUUUGAUUAUUUAGUAAGCAAGUGGUCGUAACGCCAAAGAUAAUUGCGACCUUUAGUUAAAUGCUUUGGAGUAAUGAAACGACGGAGUAUUAUUUUUGGAUUUGUCUGAGCAAUUUUCUACAGAUUGUCCGUUACGCCAUAGUCACUUACUACGUCAAAGAAUACAUUUGAUUGUUGUGGACGUCAUUUGUGUCAAAAUAAACAAAGAAACGAAUAUUUCAGAAACUCACUGUCAUGUGAUAUAACCUGAUACUAAAGCACACACAAACCUUUGUGGAUUCGAGAACGUUUAUACCGUUGUUAGGAAUUUUCGUCAAAUUCAUGUUAAAUGAUGCCAUAGGUACGAAAGACAUUACUGUCCCUACCCAAGGUGAACAGGUCUGGUGCAGAAUUAUAUGUGUGGGGCAAAAUUGUAGUUGAUCUAAAAAGCAAUUAAUACCAAUACCAUGUGGUAGUAGAUCCGUAUUAUAUGUAUAUGAAACUAUACCAGCAAGCAAUAACAGUUCACUACAUUAUAAUUAUUGCGGAUUUUUUUUUUUUUUUUUUUUGUUCAAUGAAUUCAUCUUGUAAUUUUGUAUGUAUUAUUUAAAAUAUUAAUUGCCAUAUUGUUAUUUUUUAUCAGCAAUUAAAAUGCAUUCAGUAAUAUAUCAAUAUAACAAAAAAUUCAUAUCAACUAGAGUUAAACAAUGCAUAUUACGACGACGUUGAUAUCAGUAAAUGAUGCCUUGUAAAUGUAUUAUUUAUGUACGAUUGUUUAAUAUACCCUAUUGUCUCAUUCAUCGCGGCGUAUAUACUUGUUGUGUGGAUUAAUAUAGUCAGUCACGGUGUUCUGGUGUUUUACACUGUAUAACAAGCAUUAUGUUUUACCUAUUUUAAAAUGUCAUUUUUUUAAGUUUUGCUCAAAGAUAAUAUUACUCAUAUUAUAGCUCAUACCUUCUAGAAUGACCUCAUAGAUAACAUACGUGGUUUUAUAUCUAUAUAUAGCUAUUUAUAUGUAUAUGUUGAUCCUAUGUUGUACCAAUAACGUGAUGAAUAAAACAAAUGUUAAUAAAAGAAGAGAAACAUUAAAA